AUUAGAGAAAUUAAAUUUUAUGAAUAUAUCAGAAUAAAGUAAAUGAGUCAUGAUCAUGGGUCUGAUGGACCUGGCUCUGGAAAUAAUGAAGAUUUAUCUCACGGUUUACAAAUAAAUUCAAUUUACUGGGAAACUGGGCAUAGAACAUAUUUACCUUUUUGGGCAGGACUUAUAAAAAAGUUUAGCCCUAAAAUUAUUGAUGAUAAAUUGAGAUCACUUUUGGGUGAAGCGAGGCCUGUGUCACACGAACCGUUUGUAUUUUAUGGAGAUUCUGCAUAUUUUAGAAGCUAUUACGGAGAUCCGGAUGUAAAUGUUGUCUUCCCACUUAAAAAAAGAACUAAUUUUUGCUUUUCGCCAACCGGUAAAUCAAGUUUGUCUGAACUUGAACAUAAAUAUAAUAAAUACGGAAGAGUUAGACCAAGUAAAAGUGAGCUUGUUUUCAAAGAUGUUCUGAGAUCAGCAAGGAAAUUGGACGAAAUGGAGAACCUUUCCAAGAAAUGA